GUGAGCGUUAAAUACAGAGUUUAAAGUGUCUGACAAAAAAAUUUAGUCUAUUUUCAUAAAUUGGUGAAAUUGGUGGCAGAGUUUGCUCAUUCGUUUCUAAAUCGAAAUAAGGCUGAUAACUCCUCCUCUUGGGACGACGAUCCACAUUUGGACACACCAGGCAUGGACUGGCUGGAAUAUGUAACCAUAGCAGCAGAUUACUUCAGCAUCCCCCUACGUCUCAUUUCCAUCUUAUGCGACAUACUCCUCAUAGCUGUCAUUCUGAAGUACCGAAGACUUAAAAACAGAACCAACUGCUACCUCUUGAACUUUGCAAUUUUCCACAUUUUUUAUGUAUUGUCGAUUCCUCUCUUCUAUUGUAUAAUGGAUCUAUUUUACCCAAAGGGCUUAGAGGUCCGUUGGUACUGCAUUUGUUCGAGGAUAGAGAACUUUGCAAUUGCUUUACUAUUGACAUUCAUUGCUGGAUAUGGAGUUGAUGUUGUGGUUGAAAGCCAACAGGCUAAUUGGUUUCCAAAAUACGAAAAGAGAUAUUUUUAUUUGUUUUUCUUUUUUUACUUUUUUCAUGUAAUGAUUUUCGCCAUCUCUGCAAAUUUUUGUUUCAAAAGUGGCUUUCAAAACAACUUUAAUUCUUACUUUUUAACCACCUACUACCUUAUUGCUGUAAUUUUUCUGCUAUAUCUUGGCACUAACAAUAAAGAUGGCAGACUGGUAAAAACAAAGUCAUACGCUCUAAACAUAUCCAUAGUAAUAUUACUCCUGUGGUUGCCAUUAUUUAUGGUUUACAAUUUAAUAAACAUCGUCAAAAAGAGAAACGUAGAAACAGUGUUGUGGUCUCUAGCCUUUUUACCAGAAUUCUUAGCGUAUUCUUGUUCAAUGGUUGUUUUUUGGAAAUUAUGGAAGGACCAAAAACAAUUCAAAACUGCUUUUAGGAAAAUAUUCAGAAGAGAAGUAUCUGUUGAGGACUAUGAAGAGUUGUUUGUGGUAGAAAAUAAUGGAAAUUCAGACCAAAACAAAAUGUAGAAAGGGCAAAAAAUGUGAUUAAGGCGAUAGGCGCAAACUUUCGGCUACAAUGCUAUUUCAAUGGGAUUCAUUUUUUUCUAAUCCUGAGAAAGCUAAUAAGUAUUUUUGAAAAAUUCAAUCGCAGAAUAAAAGAUUACGUUAUUACCAAGGGAAUAAAGUUCCUGAAAACUUCUGUUUAUUUUAAUAAAUUACAGGGUGAGAAUCUAAGAGAAAAUUUAGUGUGAUUUUUAAUUUUAGAUAUCUCAUUCAAACGAAACUUUUUAUUUAUGCUAAGGGACUUUCGGCCCUUUGUAAUAAUCUUUCAUUCUGCGUUUAAAUUUUUCAAAAAUAUUUAUUAAUUUUUUCAGGAUUCGAAAAAGAAAUAUCCGUGGUGAUAUUUUCCAAAUCGAACAUUCGCUAUCUUUGUCAUACAACGCACUCAGUCGAACAGAAUGUGCUGACAAGACAGUGACAAAUAAGGGUACUAAAUAUUUGACACGGCUUCAGGAAUAUUUUGAGUGGUUUAUUAAAUAAUAUUUAUAGUGCACUUGAUUGAUAAUUGAUUUAAGAGGCGAAAUUAAUAAAAAGUUAUUUAUUGUUUAUUAUUUAUGGAAGAUCCCAAGCAAAUCAUAAACCAGGAUAUAUUCUGUGAUCCAAGUAUUUUGUUGAUACCGAUGUUAAAAAUUUAUAUAAGCGUUCCAUAGUAACAAUAUAUUAUUAAAAAAUCACUUUAUCACUUUUCCUCUUUUUUCGAUUAAGUUUUAGUUGUUAUUGCAUAGUAUAUAAAUUAUUAUAAUCACUGAAUACAUAGUUAGUGAAAAAAUUUUCAUAUUAGUUAACUGAACUAACAAUUUAAGCGAUUAUACAAAUAACAGUUAUCCAAGAUCAUUCAAAAGUCAUCUCUAAGUUAAUGGUGACAAUGUCAUUGUCAAGUAAUGUUUAUGUACAUAUCCAUACCAGUGAGAAUUUUACUACACGUAAUUUGCCGUGUAAAGAAAGAAACAGUAGGGAUAGCCGUAAAAUAUUUGCGCCUGCGCUCUUAAAUGAUUAUUAUUAAGUUAGUUGUUAUUAUACUGAAUAUAGCAUAUAGCUGGAUAUAGCAAUAUUUCAAGCUUGUGCUAUAUGUGUGACUUAAUCUAGGAUAAUUUUCUAGGAGCAUUGUAAAUUGUGUUUUUAAUAAAUUAAAUAUUAAGUGUG